AAAUUCACCAGCAAUUCACCAAAAGUUUCCUCUCUGAACGCUCGUAUACGAGCACGUGUGUUGAUUUACAAUUGUUGACAUACACAUAGUAAACUAUAAAUAACAAACAAAAUGGCAGGAGUUAGAAAGUUAAAGCGUAAGAAGAAGUAUCGUGUAAAUGUAAAUCGAAAAAGAUUACGAAAUAAGUUACGAAAAUUACCUACUAUUCCGUGCAAGCAGAUAAAAAAAGCAUGGGAGGUCACAAAAUCUACACGUACCAAUUUGAAAGAAAUGGGUUUGGCAUACGAUGCAAAUGACGUGAUACAAAUUCCGAAUGUGAAGGAAAUUUUAGAUGCCAAGAAAAAAGCUGUAAUAGAUGAAAGUUUGUCAGAUCACGAAGAUGAAGCUAUGGGUAUAACUCCAGCAAAAAAUUACAUUGCAGAAGCAUUAGAAGCUGAAGCAAAAGCACCUAGAGAGCGUCUCCUAAACUUACCAAAAGGACAAGCACAGUUUCUUAGUUACUUAAUAACAAAAUAUGGCGAAGAUUACAAGGCAAUGUCAAGAGAUAAGAAAAAUCACUAUCAAUUAACCUGGAAACAAAUACGUGCUAAGAUCAAAAUGUUUAAAGGAAUUCCAAAACAGUAUAAUGAAUAUAUUCAAGAUAACAGUGUAGACAGUUAAGAGGGAGAACUUGUAUCGAUUUAAUUACUAUUUAUAUAUCUAUAUAAAUUUUGAUUAUUUCCAUAUACAUAAGAACCAAGUUGACAAUAUCUUGCUGUUACCUUUGCUAAUUGUCAAAAUAUAAAUUUACUAGCAGACAUA